AUGGAAAGACAAGUGGUUCCAAAUAGAGAUAACAGUCUUAAUGCAACCUUUUCUUCUAGCCAUAUGAAAACUGUAAGUCAGCUAAUUAAUCAGGAAACUAGGCAGUGGGAUAAACAUACCCUGAAUUGCCUCUUUGAUAGGGACACUGUUAAUGACAUUUUCCAAAUCAUAUUACCAUCUACAGGUAAAUAUAUCCUCAGAUGGAAACCAACACCCAAAGGGCAGUUUAGUGUUAAGUCAGCUUAUAAAUGUAUCAUGUUAGAUAUUCAUGGAAGUGAUAAUGCUAAUUUUCCCUGGAAGUACUUGUGGAAGCUUGAUCUUCCACAGAAAAUUAAGCAUUUCCUGUGGAAAUGCAUGCAUGAUUGUGUUUCUGUUAGAAGUAAGUUAUCCAGGUAUGUUUCUUCUAUACCCAGUGAAUGUCCUCUCUGCAACAGGGAGUCUGAAACUCUGAAUCAUCUCUUUGUUCAAUGUGACACUACAAAAAGGUUGUGGUUUGAUUUAGAUUCUAAUAUUGCAGGAAAUAUGAGUAAUAUGAACUUGCAGGAAUGGAUUGCUAACUGGUUUGCUCCCAAUAGUAACCAUGGGGAGUCUCAUAGAAAGUUUGUUCAGUUUGUCAGAUUUGCUAUAUGGGAAAUUUGGAAUCUAAGAUGUAAUGUGGUUUUUAAUAAUGCUCAAGUGCAUGUGAAUAAUCUGAUUACUCGGGUGAAUAAAGAUAUUAGUGUUUGGAUUGAUAACUCAGUGAAAAUUCUGGCAAAUAGAAGUACUCUAAGCAACAACAAAGUAGUAACACCAUGGAGUUUACCAGAUUUUGAGUAUCUGAGGGGAGCACAAUCAAUCCAUGGAAUAGCUAAUGAUGAGGAGCAAGUUGCGGCUUUGGCAGCACUAUCAGCUAUUAGGUGGGCAAAAGCUGCAGCAGUUCAAAAACUGCAUUUAGAAGAAGACUGUCUGAAUGUAGUAAAUGUUAUCAAUGGUAGUUUAGGAUCUGUCGAUUGGAGAAAUAAUAAUGUAAUCAGUGAUUGCAAGAGUCUAUUAGAAAGUUUUACAAGUUGGAAAUGCAUUUUUGUGCACAGAGAGUCCAAUGAAAUAGCAAAUAGUUUAGCUAAAAGAGCUAGAAACUAUAGAGUUGAUGAAAUCUGGAACUCAGAGUUUCCACUUUGGUUAAAAUCUCUAAUUAGAGAUGAACUCAAUGUAAACCUUUCUUAA